GUGCAGUGCAUCAGAAGGGCUACAGUCAGUAAUUUUACAUCUACAUCUAUACGUGGACCUGAUAAACUUGCAACAGACUGUACAGAUAUGAUAUAAUAUAAAUAUAAACACGAUAUCUCUGAAUGCGCUCAAAAGCAGCGCCUAUGAAUGCGCCUGUGGCCGUGACGUCAUCAGUGCGCGCCGCUGGGGUUUCGUCGCUGGCCUCUGAAAUGGGCACUAAUCAUCAGCCCUGAUUUCACCGUUGAUUUAUGACACUGACUCACCAAAAGCCGAAAGCUCGAACGUAGGCAACAUCAUGACAUGCCCGGGUAACGUGAUGGAAGAGCUGAGCGAGAGGUUCCCAGAGCUGAUUGCAGUGGUGCCGUGUUUGUGGCUGUCAGGCCACGCCUCUCACUAACAUCGUCCACGUGUAAUCCAGAGCAGCAUGAAGCCAGCUCACGAGCGCAAUCAGGAGUGCCUCCCUCCAAAGAAGCGGGACCUUCCGGUUAACAAUGCUUCCACCGUUCCUAGCAACAGCAGCAGUAGCAGCAGCAGCAGCAGUAAUACUGGAGGAGGAGGAGGAGGUGGAGGAGGAGACGAAGCGACGACGUCGUCGUCACAGAGCUCCGGAGCGAGUGGAGAAGCUCAGGGUGGAAGCGGAGGCGGCGAAUGGGUCCGCACUCAACCUAACCUGCAUUACGGAGUGGAGGGGCCGGAGAGCAUCGCCCCGGGAUUACCUGUGGAUCAGUACAGCAUGCUGUAUAAAGUAGCCGUUCCUUCGGUCACCUACUCGCCCACCAGCCUCCACCCCGUGCUGGGCCACAUCUCUCCAGCCUACACGGUUCCCUCGCCGCUCCUCCAGCACACCGGCAUCCAUUACCCUUCCCUCGGCUACGCUCCCAUCCCGCAGUUCGUCAGCCCUCCGUACGCCGCCGCCGUUCCCUACGCAGUCCCUCCGGGAUUCGUCCCCAGCCCCUUGAUACCGGCGCAGUCUCACCUGGUGCCCUAUCCAUCCGUCAUCCAGGAAGGCGUGGUCUCGUCCCCGCCUCAGCAGCAAGUUUCGGCUCACGCCUACGCCAAGGUGGCGGCUACAGGCGGCGUCCCGUUGGUGCUGGCGUCCGAGCAGGCGGCGGCCUCUUCUUCAUCCUCUUCCUCCUCUUCGCAGCAGCCUCUAGGCGCCAUCGGGAUGAUUCCCACAGCAGAGCGCGUCCCCAUCUUCUACCACGCGUCGGCCAGCGACCGAGCCGUGCCGCCUCAGAGUGGCUCGAUGGAGCAGGACCGAGAGGUGAACGGAGGAGAUCGGGAAAACGGCAGAGAGAGCCUGCAAGACAUGGUGUACAUGGCGAGAAAUCUAGCGGCGCGGCCGCAGCAAGGCACAGCCAUAGAGCUGCACGUGGACCGGAAGAUCUGCAGGCAGGAAGGAAGAGCGUCGCCCGGCCAGCGCAGCACCCCGGACACGGACCUGGAGGUCCAGCAAGUGGUGGGGCGUCUGGCGUCGCCGGGCCGCGGCGUGAGUCGCAGGGAGGGAGCGUACGGCUCGUCUCAGAGUAGCAGAGAGGUUCAUGGGGAGAGCAGGACGGCGUACACGUCACACCCCGCCAGCCAGCUGGACCCCCGAGCCCCGCCUCAUCCGCAGCAGACAGCACAGCCUGGUCAUACGGUGAUCCUGCCGAACGGGCAGCCGGUUCUCAUGCCCCUGGACUACCAUCCUCAUCCUCAUCCUCAGACUAAUAACGACGCUGCAGCUGAAACACCACAACACAAAAUCUCAGACGCGUCAGGCGUGGCUGAGCGGGUGGUAGCGGUGGAGCUGCCCGCCGUCCCGACUGUCCCCGCCGUGCCUCCGCCGUCGCACUUCACCAAGGGCGCCAUCAUCCAGUUAGCAACAGGUGAGCUCAAGCGCGUGGAGGAUCUGCAGACGCAGGAUUUCGUACGCAGCGCCGAAGCGAGCACGGGGCUAAAGAUCGACUCGAGCAUGGUGGUGGACGUACGCGCUAGCUCACAGAGGCCCGGCCUGGUCGCGCUACGCUUCGCCGUCGGCGAGCGCCAGAGCAAAGUGAGCAUUGACGUUCCUCCUGAGCAUCCGUUCUUCGUCUUCGGUCAGGGCUGGUCAUCCUGCAGCCCGGAACGCACCGCCCAGCUCUACGGCCUCACCUGCCACCACCUCCAAGUGGGCGACGUCUGCGUAUCCAUCACCCUUCAGCAGCAUUCGGCGCCCCACCAAAAGCCGCCGUCGAUUUCCCAGCAGCCGCAGCAACCGACACACAGCAGGACUUCCACCAAAGCCAACUCAACAUCAGGAGCCUCCUCCAGCCAGCCUAUGGGACCUCCGGCGCCCCAGAACCCGCGGCCUCAGGGUCAGCUCAGGAUGGAGCGCGUUCACCGAGAGCGGGCCGACAAGGACGAGCCCUUAAAGCUGAGCGCAUCGGGACACGGAGACGUGCCCUCCAGACCCGACAGGACUUCGGCAGAGCACACGCGCAGCCAGAGCAGUUAUUAUUUGCACACCGAGGCCCAUGGGCCCUCACAGAGGCGUUGGUCCACCCCUGGUUUCCAAAGAUACCCCGUCAAGAGGGAGGAGGGAGGCCUAGCCGCGCCGCCGGGCUCCUCUCGGCCCUCGUUCAUCCCUCAGGAGGUCAAACUAUCCAUCGAGGGGCGCUCCAACGCCGGGAAGUAGCAGCAGACGCAGGACGCAAUGGCAGGAGGGGAGGAAAGUGUCAGAAAUGCGUGGGGGAUGUGAAAAGAGAAAAGAGAGAAUGUAGCCUAAGAAUGUUUUUUUUUUUUUGUUUGUUUGUUUUUUUUUUUUCUUUUGAGAUUUUGCACACAAACGAUUUUAUACACACACACACACACACACACACACACACACACACACACACCCACACCCUUGUUUUUAGGCAGCCCGAGAGCACUCAGGGCGAGUUAGUGCCAGUUUGUAACGAUGGCAAGACCACCAACCAUCUGGACUAACAGCUCCAGCUGGUAAAUUAUCUACCAAAGCCUUCCACGCUCUGUAAUUCACUUACAGAUGAAAUAUCAUUAGUUACAGCAUUCACAGCUCUUUUGAAUUAACGUGUAUUGAAGGACGUAACGGGGGGAAACCGGACGCAGCCAUAGGAUGUUCAUAAUUAUGCCUGUUUUCCUCCCCACUUAUAAAUAUAUAUAUAUAUAUAUAGAUAUACAGAUAUAUGAAAUAUACCCUGUACUUGAUAGAUAGUUUGGACUACCUAAAGCUAAAGGAAAGGCUCUCUCUCUCUCUCUCUCUCUCUCUCUCUCUCUCUCUCUCUCUCUCUCUCUCGGAGUGUCGUUGCUUUACUUGACAGCCGCUCUCGCGUUUGACUCGACCUUCUGUUUUUGUUUUCACGGCACGUCAUUCUCACACGACUACACAUCAAACCCCCGGCCACGUUUCUUUUCCCUUUCCCUUCAGGGCCGGCGUUUUUUUUUUUUUUUUUUUUUUUUUUUUUUUUCUUCUUUUUCUUUUCAUUUGUAGCUCGAGAACGAUCACCUCUUCCUGAAUCAAUCAAACGACCAACAAUCAAUAUUUAGAAACGGCGUAAAAAAAAAAAAAAAAAAAGACGUAUCGGUCACGUUUACACUGUCCGCAGUAUCGCGCUCUACCUGUGCCACGUGUAUUAUUGUUUGUUUGUUUGUUUGUUUGUUUUUUUUUUCCCUACGUUAGUAUUGAGGUUUAAGAAGAAUCAGCAUUCCAGCGUAUAAAUCUUCGGACUGUUUCAUCGUUUCGUCGCGUCCUUGUCGUGGAGGCGGUGUUUGGUGUCGGCCAAAAUCUUCACCACUGAAGAAAAAAAAAGAAAAGAAAGAAAGUGGUACAGGUUCUAGCUGCUGGAAAUUGAUUUUUAUUUUUUUUUUUAAAGGAAAAGAUGAUUGCUGUGGAAUGAAAGCAAUAGCUUGACUUAUUUUCACCCCUCGUGUAAUUUUUUUCUUCCUGUGAUGAUACACCAGUCUGUGUGAAGAACCCGCCUUUUUUUUCUUUCUUUUUUCUUUUCUGUUUUCUCUCAAUGCACGAUGUUAUUUUUAAUUUCUUACGAAUUCUCACCAGCGUGGGUUUCAACCAGGGCAUAUACGUGACCUUUUGAAACGACACGAUCUCUCGAUCUCUCUUCUUCUUUUUCCUCUCGUCAUGUUAUUAGAGAUUCCCGCUUCUAAAAUCUGAGCACAACCUCUUUUUCUGCGCAGGGCGUUUCGUUCAGUCCUCAUCUCCUCGUUUUUUUUGUUAUUUUUUAUUUCUUUCCCCCCCCUUCUUUCCUAGUUGAGAUAUUUUUGUACAAUGUAGGAUUUCCUUCUCUGCAAUAUUAGUCCUGAUGACUCUCGUCAUUGCACAUGGUGGAUCAGGGCUGGGCGAUGUGACACAAAUAUCGUAUCGUGAUACUCUGAUACUUUCUUGAUAAUUUCUAUGAUACACAAUUAAAAAAAAAAUGUAUGUAAUGUCUACAAAAAUAAAUGAUCCAACAAUGAAAGGGAGAAGAAAAUUCCGUAAAAGGUGCAAGACACAAGUUUGUUAAUAAAAAUACCCUAAAAAUCGCAUAUUGCGAUAUUUGUGUAUCGUGACACAAAUAUUUAUCGCCGUAUCGAUAUCUUAUCGUCACAUCGCCCGGCCCUGUGCUUGAUUUUGUAGUUGAUUGACACUGACCUUUUUUUAAUUGGAUUUUUUUUUUUUUUUUUUUUUUUUUUUGUAUGAAGGGAAAACUUUCAGCAGUUUUGAUUUUUAUUUAUUUUUAUUUUUUUGUGAGAAACUGACAGGCGUACUCGACACUGUUUACAGAUUAGCCAAGAAGAAAUGCUGCAGUUUCAUCACUGAUUUUUUUUUUUUUUUUUUUUUUUUUUAGGUUAGUUAUUCAACAAAUUUAAACAGAAAAUGAAAACGAAGUGCAAUUAGAUCUGGAGUUUUAAAAGAAAACAUUUUAAUAUAAAUAUGAACAUCAGACGGACGGCAUUCCAGAUACGAGCCUGACAUUCCCGUUUAGCAUUUAGUAAAUCUUUUUUUUUUUUUUUUUUUUUCCUUCUUCUCAGAACAGCCAUUUUAUCACUUAAUCUUAAUCCGUAUUAGACGUUUUUUCACAUUUCGUUCACAUUUUUAAAAUCUAGCUUUACAUAAAACAUGCAUUUUAUCAUGAGAAUGAUGCUUUUAGUUUUUUCCCCCCAGUGUAAUAAGUCUUUUAAAGGAAAGGUUUUUUUUGAUGGUGAAUUGAUGGAUUUUUUUUUUUUUUUCUUCGUAGCUCUCAUGUGACCGUUCUACAGGUAGCAUUAACUCUCACCACGAUAUAAAUACGUAGACUGACGGGUGGUUUGACCUCAUUGACUAUAUGUGGUUGCUGUGGUGGUCUCGUACGUGUUUCUGGUUUCGAAUGAUCAUUUUUAGAACUGAUAACUUGUCGCUUUUUUGCGUAAAUAUCAUUCAUGGUCUUAUAUAUUUCACGUUCAGUGGUUUGACAGCUCCACUUCUGUGCUUUUUCGAUUAGGGAUGCAUCGAUACCGUUUUCUCCCCCUAUACCGUGUACGAGAAGAUUAUUUUGGUACUCGUCGAUACCGAAACUGACAGAAAUGAGUACCAUUAAUAAGUAUUAAUCAGUCAGGGACGUCAUUUUCUUUAGCUGUUUGUGUGGGUUGCUGCCAUGUGAUGAGUUUUAUGUUGAAUUGCACCUUGACUGACAAGCAAGCGAGGGGAAAGUGUCUCAGUGCUUAGUGCUCGCUGAGUGGAACUGCUCGCACAUGCGGCAGUUUCUCUGCACACUCGCUACACUGUUCACUCGCGAAUAUCUUUGUGUAAGCGCAAUUCACGGCACGUUUGCGCUCGUUUUUGCACUCAUGAACCAUCUCUGGUUUAUCAUCAUCCAUGAAACGUUGUGUUGUCACGUCACGUCGUGUCAUCUGUUCGUUAGCGCGACAUCGUACACUAGUAUCACCCGGUAUCAGGUUGAUAUCAGAGUAUUUUUUUUUAACGACUCAACGACCGAUAUCAGUAUCCAUAUCGAUGCAUCCCUUUUUUUCAAUAUUAACUUCUCCGAAUAAACUUCCCAGCUUCCUCUUUAUCUCCUACCGCUGCCUCAAGUCUUCGUCUGUCCAAAGGGACGUGACCGCUCUGUUACAGCCGGUCUGAACAGACUCUUAAAAUCUCAUUCCGUUUCUGCAAUGUGACCAAAAAUAAAAAAUAAAAAAAAUUCCAGACAAACAAAUGCAGUACGUUGGCUUUUUAAGGUCAUUCCGCUCGGUUAAACAGUAGAGGUUUAUUAGACAAGCAAUACCCUUAGACAGAGAAUUACCUGAACGAUGGACGAUCUCAGCGCUAUGUUCUAUGCAGUAAGUGCAAAAAUCUAACUCUCGCAGCCGUGAACUCAUCGACUCAGCAAAGGAACUGGACGUAUUUCUUUUGUAUCAUGCACAAAUUACGUUGUAAUGACUCGCCCCAGUCACACUUUAGUUCCCCAACCAUCAUAGAGAAACUUCUUAAAGGGGAACUCCACGGUUUUUUUUUUUUUUUUUUUGUUUUUUUUCCUUAUCAACCUGAACUCUGUUCGUUGUAUCUGUACUGUGUGAUUACAAGAAGACAAGAAACUUCACACAUUUCCCCGAACAGAAAACCUGUUAACGACAAUUUGACUUGCAGUGGAAUCUAAAGGCAGACGUUGAACCGCAAUGAACAUUUUAAACGAUUUCGCAGUUCUAAAAUGCAAAUUCAAUCCUCCAGCCAUUACACAGGAGCCAGAAAGGCGUUCCUAUGAGACUGACAUCAGAGAAAGAAAAAAAAAAUCUCAACAAAACUGAAUUUCCCAAGUUUCUGACGUUUGAGUAAUACAGUUAAAACGUAGUUCUGGUUACUUUACACUUCCCUGAAGCCAUACCACAUCAGUGCCUCACGACGUUUUACACAUAAGCACAAAUUCUUCCAUCUGAGAAAGUAGUUCUGUCUCUAAAAGGAGCAAUUCUACACAUUUUAGAGUUUUAUUUCCAGAGCUGACUGACGAGUCCGACGUCUGUCCUUAGACUUCUAGUGUAAGUGAGUUUGGAUUAAACUGGGAUCUUUUUUUUUUCCCCCUCAUUGAACAGAAAUGUACUGAAAUUCUGUAUAAUAUAUAAUUACACAUACGCUACAGAUACAAUGGAUAGAUAUUGUGGUUUGGGAAAAAAAAAAAAAAAGCUUCCUUUUAAUCUUGUUGCAUUAUUAGAAUAAUUGAGAAGGUCGGUUAUUAUUAUUUUUUUUUUGUUAGCAGUCAGAUUAUGUUGCUAAAACUUCACAAAACUUGAAGCUUGUUAUGUUGCUUGGUUACUGUACAUCGUGUGUGUGUGUGUGGGUGUGUGUGUGUGUGUGUGUGUGUGUUUUAUUCGUCACCCUCACUGCUCUGUUAUCUCAGACUCCAACGCACUGCCUUACUGACCCCCUGCUAAAGGACGUCAGAUUGUGUGUAAUGAAACGCUUCAAUCCUGUUCACUGUAACUGAGAAAAAAAUCAACGCAAUGUCCGUGCCUUUUCUGUGUGUACGUGUGUGUGUGUGUGUGUGUGUGUGUGUGUGAGAGAUCCAUCAUGCUACACACAUGCAGUCGCCACUUUGCUUCGACGAAUAAGGGCUGAUUUAUACGUCAUUAAACAUUCUCAUAUGUAGUAUAAACGUGACCACUAGGGGGCAGUGUGGAGAAAACAUAAUGUAUAAAAUGUAAAGAAAAGGAAAGUCGUAGAAAGUAGAAACUGAUCGAUGCUAACGCGCCAGUUUAUUAACACACGCGUCUGGAUUUCCCCCAAAGUGUUCAUUUUGCCCUUCGUAUAAAUGCACGUAAAGCCGGGUAUAGACUUACGAUUUCAGCUCUCUUUUAAGAUUAUUACGUAUCGCACUGUACGAAAUCCAAAUAAAACCUCGACUGAAUUCUAUAACAGACUGCGCGAGAAUCCGUGUUCUACCAUUUCAGGUAAUACGAUGAAGAUCCUCUAACGGUAGACCUGCGAUUACAGAAAAUACGUACGAUAAUAGUUACGUCAUUAAUCGAUCCAGGCUUUAAAAAAAAAGGGUAACAAGUUUAAGUUUUGUCAUCUCCGCUACCGUAUUUGUAGAUGUCCUCCUAUUGGUGGGUUGUAGCCGAGCGUCGUUGCAGCGCUCACACACUGAGAUUUUAAUCACAAGUUUCUCACGCUGCCAGAACUUUUUUCCGUUCUUUUCUCUGGCGAGCGUCGAUCUCAGCUCCAAAGAUUUCUUUGUAACGAUAUGCGGCCAAAAUUCGUACAGUGUACAACCGACGCAAGUUCUUACACCAUCAGACCUCUUUUCUGCUCGGUUCCUGUUCAGUCGUAGACACGCACAAUGCAUCUAUUUCCAGAUCCGCACGUCUGCUUCACUUACCCAUAAUCCCCCUCUCUUUACGUCUCUUUACGUUAACACGCUUACGCUAAUCUUCGCAGAAGUACAAAUCAGCCCUUAAUCCCAAUCCGUCACGGCUGCAUGGUUCCCUCUCGUGCUCUCAUCUCUUCAUCUUCAUGGCUUGGACGGUGUGAUGUCACUCGUACCUCGCGGCACUCGUGCACACGGUGCACACACAGCGCCCCCUGUAGGAGAAGCGUAAUAGCGCACGCUGGCUAUUUUUAAUGAACAGUACGUUUAAAAUAUAUCUAUAUAAAUAUAAAUAAAAACACGACUCAUCACCUACAUCAUCAAAUGAAAGAUGCACUUAUUCCAGUCCACACUUGGUUACGUAGUAACCUCCUCUAAUAUUGAAUUAUAUGCGAAACCGUGUUAAAACAAUCAACACUUGUGUAUAUGUGUGUGUGUAGAUAAAAGAUGAGCUUUCUAUAUUAUCGAGCUUGCCUUAAGAUUUGUCGUGGAACGAAUGACGCGUACGUGCGGCUCGGAAUCGCCCUCUCCGCCGCGAGCCGAAAGCAGGAGCGCGGCCGUCUGCAGGUCGACUGUCCCGCGUAAAGAAAGUAAAAUUGUACGGCGUUUCACGUCGAGUUGCGAUUUCCGUGAAAUAGAGCCAUGCACUGCUGACGUGGGCCUUUGACAAGCAUUUACCUCAGAAACCUUGUCGCGGUUGGCGUUAGGAAAUGAAGCGUUUCGCAGGAAUUGCGCCUGUAAUCGCGGUGCGCGUGUUGCGAAGGCGUGGCACUGACGACUUGCAUCAGGUGACCAUUUUGUGCUGCAUUUUGGGCUCUGGAUAGAUGGAUGGAUAGAUGGAUGGAUGGAUGGAUAGACGCUCAAAUCUUUUCUCAGUCAUACUAUCACGUUGUUUUUUUUGUUUGUUUUUUUGCCUGACUUCGUUUUUGAGAUGUUUUACGACCCGGAAUCCGUGUUCACGUUGUGGUUAAUUUAUCGGUUUUGCGGUAGAAGUGGAACUGAGACUAAAACAGAGCGAGUGAGAAAGUUCUAAUGGUUGAAACUUUUUUUUUUUUUUCCUUAAAAACGAUUAAUUAUGUACUUUUAAAUUGUACCUUGUUGGCACUAAGUGACACUGCUUGUUUUUGUUUUUUUCCUUUCUUCUCCUUCUUUUUUUUUUUUUUUUUUACGUGACCACAUAACCAGUUUUAAAAGAAACAAGCGUCUUUCUUUAAUGCAUAAAAGAACCUGCAAAAUAUAUGCAAUGAUGUGUAUGUAAUAUUCAAUCCUCAAGUAUAAUCCAGGUUAUAUGGACUUUGUAUAGUGAAUUUUAAUAUCGUAUGGCCGUACCAAUAUGUAUUAAUUCUUCUCAGAAGCCUUAGAAGUCGUCUACCCAAAGUGCUCCCUUAGAACACCCUACACCUACCUGAACUUUACAAAGCAUUAAUAACUAUAUUUUGUUGCGUUUUUAUUUGUACCCUUUUUUGGAAUAAAAUAGAUUUGUACUGUAUAUUUGUACCUCUCUGUGAACUACUUAGGGCAGUUUUUGUUUCGUUUUGUUUUUCGUUUCGCUGUCUUAAUUCUAUGUACGGACACAAAGAUAUUGUAUUUUUAUUGUUACAGCUAACUUCUUGGAAACAUUGCAUUUAUCAUGUUUGUUAAGUAAACACAAUAUAAUAUAUAUAAUAUUACCAAACUGGCCUGGCUCCUUUUCUGGAUUUGUCUCAUGUUUUCUCAAGUUUUUUGUAUUAUUUUUAAUUUUGUGUUGUUUUCCUGUUGAAUUUCGGAUAGCUUCAUCAUCUUGAAUAGGUUUAUUUAUUUAUUUUUUUGAGAGAUUUAGUUUUGUUUUAAUAUUAUAGUUUACUUCAUAAAUAUUUCAAGUUUUUUUUUUUCCUUUAAAGGUGCAAUAGUCAAUUUUCUUGCUUAUUAUUUAUGGUAAAUCACCUUGGAAAUAUGUAGAAUGUGAAAAAAAAUAAGUUGAAGCAACAGUAUCGUAUCGGCACACGUGUAUUACGUGCGUAAGGAAACAUGUCUGUGUUUUACACCGGCCUCCUGUCAGUCAUUUUAUAGACCACACCCCCAACGCAUUUCACUCCGCCCCCAUUUCAGUCUGUUCAGAAAGGAAACCAUGGUGGAGUUCAUGAAGACUCCAUCCAUCUCAGUGAGAUACUUCUUACUGUCAGCAAAAAAACAGGAAAACGAAUAAAUAUUGAAGAAUAAACAUUUCCAAGAGGGAGAAGCUUAUUGCUAGCAAAGGGGAUGACGUUGCAGAAUUAGCGAUGUUCCUCCUGUAUAAACGUCCAAAUGGCCGGAUUUACGUCACUCGCUGUGAAUGAACCACAUUCUUAGAAAUGUAACCAAUGCUAGCUAACACUCAGUCCAGCUAACAAUGCUAACUAGCUAGUCACAGACUGUUUAUAGUGUUGGUCAGGUCAGGCUAAAAUGCUAACACUGUCACUGAGUGAACGCGAUGGCCUGCGUAGAUUCUGGAGGCGUGGCUUUGUGUACAUGGGCGGGUUCAAGGAGUAAAAAAAAAUUGUUCCAAUGUUGUACUUCUACACUAGAGGUCCAAGAUUUGCUUAUCUGGGCUAGCUACUAUUCUUAAUGUUGGCUAACAUCUUUCUUUAAAGUUACGAAACUGAUUUCAUGAAAAGAGCUUUUAAUUUCAUAAGAAUGAAAUCGUAAGAAGAGGUAUGAACGUAAUUCUAUCCAUUAUAACUUUUUUAUUUAUA